AUGGGGUGCGCAAAUUCAUCUGCUGUUAUGGGGCCAAGCCUCAAUGAAAACCCCAUUUGCGUUACCCUCUUAGGACUGUCUGGGGUUGGAAAAACUUCUUUAAUUGAAUAUGUAGCUGGAGUUUAUAAUCCAGAUGAUCCGCCUAUACAUACAAACGGUAUCGUUUUAACAGAUAUAAUCAUUGGACAGCUUAAGUAUAGAUUCUAUGAUGUUAGUGGGUUUCCUUCACAUACAAGUGAAUGGAAUAAAUGUAUUGGAGACAGCGACUGCGUUAUUUAUGUAGUAGAUCCAACCGGAAUUGACGCAGGUUUAGCAUUUACACAAGAUACGAUCAAUCGUACUCGAGACAAUGUUGUUUCUCGAAAAUUACCUGUUUAUAUAUUACUAAAUAAAGCACCUCCAGAAACAUCUCUUGAAAACAUUUAUUCAGUGAUGGAAAAAUACUUUUAUAACGUCCCACACGAGUUUGGAAGGAUUCAUAGACUUAAUAAUGAUGUUCUUAAGAUUUUUGAAUGGAUUCAAACACAAGUCCAAAAGAAAACAUAA